AUGGGCUCGGCACCUACAGUUUUUCACAAACCAGCUAAGGAUGAUGGAAUCAACGGAAUGAUAGUGACGCCGGAUACAGGAAUUCAACAGAGAUUGCACCCGGUAACAUUUGGUAGCUUUUUGCCACAAAAAUUUCAGCCAAUUAGGGAAGAAAGUGAGGAAGAUGACGAACAAAAUCUGAUGAAGGAAAACGCUCUUAGUAAACUGGCUAGUGUGGUUGGGAAGCCUAUGUAUACUGAUAAGAUUACUGCUGAAAUGGAAAAGGAAGUGCAGGAAAAGGCAAAGGCAGUAAAGACUCAACAAAAGGGAACAUGGGAAAAGAAACUACUACACAAAGGGACCUUGAAAUGGAUGCCAAAAGCUAAGGGGAAGGAUGAUGUAAUCCAACAAGCAAGGAAUGCAGGGGACAUUCAACAAACAAUUGACAAUGCAAAUGGCAGGGCUGUAAACAAUGGGAAAAUGAAAGGGAAAAGUGUACAACAAAGUGCAGUUGUUAUGAUGAAUACCACUAACGGGUUCUCUUUGUUGCAGACAGUAGAAGAUCCAAGACCCCAAAUGAAUCUUUGCACUUGGAAUAUAACGGGCCUUAACAAGGCCCAUAAGCCAAAGGAGUUAAAACUCUUUAUGAGAAAACAUAAAAUUGAUUUUAUUGGCUGUUUAGAAACAAGAGUAAAGGAAUUGAAGGCAAAAAGAAUUGUGCACAAAGUAUGUAGUGAUUGGAGGUGUUGCUGGAACUAUAAGGAGCAUCCAAGUGGAAGAAUUUGGCUAAUGUGGAGAUCAAAUAUUGAGGUGCAGAUUCUGAUGCUUGAUGAACAAUUUAUACAUUGUGAAGUCCAAGAAAGAAGCACUACUUUCAAGACUUUGGUAACAGUGGUGUAUGCAAGUAAUGAGGUGAAUAAGAGGCAGCAACUAUGGGAAAAACUGGUGAAUUUAGGCAGAACUAUACAGGAGAGUUGGCUUCUCAGUGGAGAUUUCAAUAAUGUUCUCCACACAGAUGACAGGAUAGGGGCUCCAGUCACUCACAAUGAAAUAAAGGGGUUCCAAGAUGCACUAAUUACCUUGCAGCUCACUCAGGUGAAAAGUUUGGGAUGGUUUUACACAUGGUGCAACAAACAACAACCAGAGAAAAGAGUCUAUAGCAGAAUUGAUUAG